GUCUCGUGUCCAGGCUGCGCUGCUCCUCCUUUGGCUCGCACCUAUCUGGGCUUCCCGAAAUUCUGUGGGCCGGCAGUUUGGGCUGGAUCGGGCGAUUCCUCUGCUUGCCUGGACAGAGAUGACUCACGUGGCUGAGGUUCACCUUCCGUAUUGACUGGGGUCUCCCUAGAAUACGCUGUCCUCUUUCGUGUCUGCGGAGUUGGGAGCAUGUCUGUCUUGGACAUGAUUAAAGAGUUUAGGAGGAAUUGGCGUGCUCUCUGUUCCUCUGAAAGAACGACUUUAUGUGGUCCAGACUCCAUGCUCCUGGCGCUGCAGCUUUCCAUGGCCGAGAACAACAAGCAGCACAGUGGAGAAUUUACAGUCUCUCUCAGUGACGUCUUACUGACUUGGAAAUACUUCUUACAUGAAAAACUGAGCUUGCCCACUGAGAGCAUGAAAGCGGUUGACCACUAUGAAGACAUUAAGAAAACAUACGAUGAUUUCUUGAAGAAUAGUAAUAUGCUAGAUCUGAUUGAUGUCUAUAAGAAAUGUAGCAACUUGGCCUCCAGUUGUGAGAAUACCAUGAUAUCCUCUAGCCAGCUCCGGGACUUUCUGUCUGGCACACGGUGCGCAGAACACGAUGAGAGUAGUCCUCGGGUACCUGCGUCCCCAGUGCAGCGCAGCCAGGACGAUGAGCAGGUACGGAUACUGGUGAAGAAAAUUUUCUUUUCCUAUUUGGGCCUGCUAGUGAAUUCAAAGAAUGACUUGGCUCUGGCUCAGGUUCUCAACAUCCCUGAUCGAGGACUGGGGAGAGAGGCCUUCACCACCUUGAAGCAUGCUGCUCGAGAGAAACAGCUGUCCAUGUUUUUGAUGGCCACCUCGUUUAUUAGAACACUAGAGCUUGGGGGGAAGGGAUAUGCCCCGUCCCCAUCCGAUCCUCUGCGGGCACAUGUAAAAGGGCUUUCUGACUUCAUCAAUUUCAUUGACAAGUUGGAUGAAAUUCUUGGAGAAAUAAGAAAUCCAAGCCUGGCAGGGGGCCGGAUAUUGUCGGUGCUAAAGAUGCAGCUGAUCAAAGGCCGCAACAGUGAAGAUCCUUUCUACAAAGCUGUAGAGGAAGUUGUUCGGGAUUUGGAUAUGAGGAUUAAAAAUAUUAUCAGUUCUCAAGAAGGCAUAGCCGUCAGCACCACCGGCGUCAGUCCUGCAGCGCCAAAAUCUUUUGCCAUAAACCAUGACACUGCAUACUGCAGCAGAGAUGCUGUGAAAAUUUUGCUGGUUCUUUUGGAUGAAGACGCGGCCAAUGCUCCAACCAGAAACAGAGCAGAACUUUUAUAUAACGACGAGAGCACAGUGCCACACAGCGGGGCUUCUUUUCUCACGCUCUUCAGGUCUCCCACACAAGUAGAUAAUACAUCAAUUAAACCCCUCAGAGAGCGAAUCCAUAAGUCAGUACAAGCAGAAAAAGUUAAGAUGAGGCAGACCUUAAUUAGAUCACAGUUUGCUUGUACUUAUAAAGAUGAUUGCACGAUGGGCAAGAAUAAGUGGAACGGUAAUUCAUCUUCAGAGCCAUCUCAUGCUCUGCGCUUGGAAAAGGAUGAUUCUGGUGCCCUUUCUUCUGUUGGAAGAAUUGAAACAAGUUCUGAAAGUGUGCAUCAGGACAGAAGUAAAGAUGACAAAAAACCUAGAAAACCUACAGAAAAUAAAAUACCCAAAAGGAAGCAGGUGGUUCUAGACAGCGACAGUGUCUCCUGUGAUAAUGGAAAUGAACCGUACCAACAUAAACUUGUUAAGUUCCCGAAAGUACCCAGUGACUCACACAGUAAGGCUGGCGGCAAACCAGCCCACGGAGCAAAAGGCAGUAGGUGCACUGCCAAGGUCAAACUGAUUCCUGGCCAGACCAAGUUAACUCAGUUUUUUAGGCUGUGAUUUUUGUCAUCUGUGUGCUUUAGAUUUGUGUACAGAAGACCAUUCACCAAAGCCAUGAGCUAACUUUUAAAUAUCACAAUGUAAAUUCUGAUGCUUUAUUAUUUUGAUAGAGAGGCGCACAUGUUAACCGCUGUCCAAAAAUACCAGCACG